AGAACCUCAGGGGGUGCGUGCAUCUCACAGUCCUCAAGAAGUACUUUCUUUUAGAUCCAUCACCACUGAAUCCUAGCCCUUCUUCCAAUGCCAGAGCCCCAUGUAGGAGGAGGACCUGGAUUUCAUCCUGAAAUAGAGUGAGGGCUAUCAUCUGAGAUUUGUGGUGGAGAAAGGGACAAGACAGUGGUGUCCUGAAGUUGUACUGAGCUCCUGGAGGAAGCUUCUGAGGGUCCAAGGCCUGCUUCAGAGGCCACCUGAGGUGUACCUGCCUGAUGCCUGGGAGACAACCCCACCCAUUGCUUGCAGGUGAAGGAAACCUGAAAGUUUGGUUUCCAACAAAAGGAGAUCCUUCCACUCAAGUGACUCUUUGACAUCAGAGGCCCUGCCCAGCCCUUUCUCAAAGGGCAAGAGCACUCAGAGGAAUCAAGGAGCACAGAGAGACAGGUCACCUCUCUCUUCUCCAGAGCAGGAUCCUCUCCAUCUGCACUCCAGGAACCCACCUCAAAGCUCUGGUCAGCACAACUUGGAUUCACCAGUCAGAGAGUUUUACUGUAUUGAAGACCCUCCCCAGUGCCCAGCCACCUUUGGCUCCCAGGAUGAAGGCUCCUGUCAUCCUCCUCUUCCUCUCCGCUCUCCUGGCUGCAGGGACCUGCCUGGAAUGUGAGGUUUGCAGUGGUCCAGGCAACACCUGCAAUGGUGUAAUGACGACCUGCAGCUCUGGAGAAGACAGCUGCUUCCUUGCUCUGAUAGAAAGAUCAGAAACCUUUGGCUCAGUGAAGUACAUCCAGACUAUGAAGGGCUGUGUGACUUCCCGUGUCUGUGGACGGAGUCCAGCCAUCUUUAAUUCUGCAGUGAAACAAAGGAUAGCCCUCACUUGCUGCACUGGGAAUUCCUGCAAGACUGCUUCUGCCCAGUUGUCUGCAGAGAACGUCGUUCCCAAUGGGCUGUACUGCCCCUACUGUAUUGUACUGGGGAGUACAUAUAGUUGCAAUGCCACAGUGUCGGCUUGCACUGGAGAGGAGAAUCAAUGCCUGAAUGUCACUGGGUCACACGGUUCUGGUCCUGGAAAUAUGGCAACCUCUUUCAUAAGCUGUGCAACACCAUCAGCCUGUGCCCUUGUAGAUGCCUUUGGAGAUGGCAGCCAAAAAGUCUUUGAAGUAUUUCAACUCAACAUCAGCCAGCACAUGUGUGCUCGAGCCCUCGGAUUGGCCAGUUCAUCCCCGGGACACUCCAGGCUUUUGCUCCCAGCCUUCAGUGGGCUGAUCCUAGCAAUGUUCCUUGCCUGAGCCUCAGCCUGUGGGAUAGCAAUGCAGUCCUAAAUCCCUACUCUGCAACUGUUCUGCCCUGGCCUGGUGCCCUUGGGCUCCACAUGGGUUUGCUUCUCUGAUGUUCCAUUCCAGGAAAUAAAAGGA